AUGUGCCGCUGCCCACUGGAGCACCAUGAAGUCAGGAUGACCUCAGCCGAAGCAAUUGCUGUGGCUGGAAGUGCCCAGGAGCAUGGCCGUCCCAAGUGGCCUCCUGACAAACCUCAAGUCCUUGGGCAGCCUGCUCUGGCGAGAGUGGUUGUGGCAGCACUGGUGUGGCUGUUGGCAGGAGCCAGCAUGUCAAGUCUCAACAAGUGGAUCUUCACAGUGCAUGGCUUCGGACGGCCCCUGUUAUUGUCAGCCCUGCACAUGCUGGCAGCCGCUGUGGCAUGCCACUGGGGGGCCCAGCGACCCGUGCCCCAUAGCAUCCACCGCAGGGUGCUGUUACUCAGCCUCACCUUCGGGACCUCCAUGGCGUGUGGCAACGUGGGCCUGAGCACUGUCCCCUUGGACCUAGCACAGCUAGCCACCACCACCACACCACUGUUCACUUUGGCCUUGUCUGCGUUGCUGCUUGGCCGAAGACACCAUCCCCUGCAGUUUGCUGCCAUGGGUCCGCUCUGCCUAGGGGCUGCAUGCAGUCUGGCUGGAGAGCUCCGGGCACCUCCUGCUGGUUGUGGCUUCUUGCUGGUGGCCACCUGUCUCCGAGGUUUCAAGUCUGUUCAACAGAAUCCAUCUCGACCAGCCCUACUGUUUUGGUAGUUUUUUUUAAAAAAGGAUAAUAUGCAGAUUAUCAAGCCAGACACUAUAGUAUACACCUGCAAUCCCAACCCUUGGGGGUGGAUAACAACACAGUGGGAAAACAGGAGGAUGAAGAAUUCAAGGCUAGCCUCAGCUACAUGGCGAGCUCAAGGCCACUCUUGGCUAUACAAGAAUUUGUUUCAGAAUACAAAAGCAAACAAACAAAGUUCCGGAUUCUCGGUCAUAAACAGUGAGUAACUGCCAGGAGCCAACAAUGACUGUCCUGUUUGUUGCUCCUUUGUCAUCCCCGUGUUGGAGCCUGACGACUGCUCUCACCAUUUUGACUCAAAACUAUUUUCUUAACCGGUUUCCUUCUUCCUCUCCCUCCUCCUCUGUAGUGCUCCUUUCCUCCCUCCCCAGCUUCUUCGCCUUCUCUUGUUAUAGUGGGCAGUGACAGAGCUGGGCUCUCUGGUGCUCUGCCCCUGAUUCCUGACUGGAGCUGCGAAGACCUUGUUCUUAACAUUUCCUGAGCACUUACUAUAAUAAGGCUUUUGUAUCUGCUACCUUUGUAAAAUUUCAGUUUACUCAAUAAGGGGGGAAUGGGCACAGGUCACAAGCCCGGGGGGUGGGGAGGCUGACUCCCCUACAGCUUGCAAGUCAUACUUUAGGGCAGGAGGCACUAACCCUGCUCAGAAUCAGGAUCAGCUUCCGGGAGGCUGGGUCAUGAGGAUGGGGCUGUACGGGGCUGUACGGGGCUGUACGGGGCUGUACGGGGCUGUACGGGGCUGUACGGGGCUGUGCGGGGCUGUGCGGGGCUGUGCGGGGCUGUGCGGGGGCUGUGCGGGGCUAUACGGAGCUGUACGGGGCUGGCUCACUGGGUACUGUCUCUAUACCAGCUGAUGACAGGUCACUCUCUUGGUUUCAGGUGCUCUGCUGCAGGAAGAGAGGCUAGAUGCGGUGACUCUGCUGUACGCCACUUCUUUGCCCAGUUUCUGCCUGCUGGCAGGCGCCGCGCUGGUGCUGGAGGCUGGUGCCGCCCCACCGCUGCCUCCCACCGACUCUCGCCUCUGGGCCUGCGUCCUGCUCAGCUGCUUCUUGUCUGUAGUCUACAACCUGGCCAGCUUCUCCUUGCUGGCACUCACAUCUGCCCUCACCGUCCACGUACUGGGCAACCUCACAGUUGUGGGUAACCUCAUCCUGUCCCGGCUCCUGUUCGGCAGCCACCUCAGCGCUCUCAGCUAUGUGGGCAUCGCUCUCACCCUUUCAGGAAUGUUUCUUUAUCACAACUGUGAGUCUGUGGCCUCCUGGGCUACCCGCCGGGGGUUGUGGAACAGGGACCAGCCUGGCAAAGGUCUUUGAGACCUGGGAGAGCUCAUGAACUAGACCCGGACAGCCAGCCCCAGCCUGAAUCUAACCUUGGACAGUGGCCAUGACAGAGGCCAGGGCAGGGGAAGAAGGUACCUUCUGGAAGGGCUGCCUGGGAGGCUACACCAGGGAUCUCAGAGAGACCCACCUCCUGUCCCUGCCUUCCUCACGACUCACAGCAAACCCUGCCAUUGGAUGGUGGGUCCAAGUCUGGCACAUGCGCCUGUCAGAUGGAUUGGUGUCAGUGACUAUGAUGAAGAUUGCUGGGCAAACUUAGGAAAACCUCAAAGUGUUAUGAGGAAGACAUUGCCCGGCGGUUGCACAGUCUUUCCUGGGGGCAGGAUGUGAGGGUCACCAGAGAAGGCUUCUUCAUGGCUGGGCUCCCCUAAAGAUGGGGUAGUCUAUGCCAACUUCAGGUAGCUACUGCAGCCUCACUCUGGUGCCUCCCCUGGAUUUGGGUCUUCCAUCCCCAAUAAAGUAUUUUUUCUUGGGA